CGUCACUAUGCAUUGCUGUGUGUCUGCCACCGCCGCCUGGCACUCAUGGGGCCGUGUGUGUGUAUGUGUGUGUGUGUGCGCAUGUACAUGUACGCAUAAGCGCGUGCUGUAUGUGAGCCUCCUGGGCAUGGGUGGGGGUUGGCACUGCGGUUGCCAAUCUAGUGUCCAACCAGAAGGACAGAGGGAUGGAGGGGAAGAAGGAGGGGAGAGGUGCGGGGCCCGGGAGGGCAGAACAGGGUGCAUGGGUUGCUUCGUGCUGCCUGCUUUCAGGCAUUGGCACUGCAGCUGCCACCCUCAUGCCCGCGGAGAUGGGAGGAGGCAAAUGGGGAGGGGGGCGGCGGUAGGAGUCCUGGUGCUCUGAGAGGAAGGAUUGCUACCUGGGAGCCAUUGGCAUCACACCCAUCAUGCUGGUGCCCCGAGCUGGGGCAGUGGGAACAGGGGCCCCAGGAGGCAGAGAGGAGGGGCAGGGGGAUGUUAAUGAUCUUGCUGUCCCUCUGGAGCUCAGCUCUGAGAAACAGUUGGACUAGGAGGUAGUCAGCCUUCUUCCAGUCUGGGAAAGUAAAGUGGUGGAAAGAGUAGACAGGGAAGUGCCAAGAAAGUGUCUAAGAGCUAGAAGGAGGGACCGUGCCACUGCUCCCUGGGGAGAGCUCCUCGGGGCUGGCAGUCUGGCCCUUUGUGAAAAGCAAGGGGACACGGACAUGCGGCCGUGGGUGCUGGCACUGCCUGAGGAGGCUGGCACAGGCUCUAGCAUUGUGUGGAAGGAAGAAGGGGGGCAGCGCCUCUUGCCAAUCUGCUUGAGAGGAUGGCAGUGCCAGGAGUGAGAAGGGAGGCAUGGGGAGUGGAGCAACAGAAGGAGAGAGGCGUGAGGACACAAAGGAGGACGUGCGCCAUUGCCAAGACCCCAAGGAAGAAGGAUGGAGAGCGCUGGCAGUCCUGUUUGGCCCCCGGCCAGUUUCCUGCUGAAGAUGGCCAAAUCCUCCGGCCUGGUCUGUGGGAAGAACAUAGGCUUUGGAUUCAUGCAGACCCAGGUUCAGUGCUGAUUCCCUCACUCACCAGCUGUGCCACCUUGCCAUUAGAGAUGGAGAUGAGGCCCCGCCCACUGCCCCGCCAGCUGCAGCUCCCGCAGCCCGGCCACGUUCUUUCCCUCCCGCUCGCCAUUUCCCAGUGCCACCUCUCCUUCUCCCGCCUGAUCUUGCGCUCCUCCUUCCAGGCUUCUCUGCCCUGUUCCCCAUUGUUCUCUUCCGUCCCAGCUUUCCGCUCCCCUCGCCUCUCCCCUGCUCCUGGUGCGUCCCCUUCCCUCGGCCUCCGCUGUGCCUGGGUUCCCUCCUCCUCGUUCGGCCUACGCAUCUCUGCUAGCCUGUCCUCUCCUCUGCGCCCCUCCCCCGCCUUUCCCUGCAGCUGGCCCUCCCCUCCCCCACAUUGCCCCGUCCGGCCAAAGGACAAAUCUCAAGGGGAAACCAGCAAAGACAAACAAGGAGCACAUGCUAGCCCAUCCGCCAGUCCGCCCGCCUGCCGAGGUUUCCGAUCCCGCAGCCGGCGGGGGGGCAGCCGAGACCCAGGCCCCCUCCGGGCUGACAGCUCCGAGCCCGCAACUCACCCUGCCUCCCCUUCCCUCCGGGACCCCCGCUCCCCGCACAGCUCGGCGCGGUCCGUCUAG